GGAGGACGACAGAGAGAGACGGGAGGAGGGAGCAAAGAGGAGGGAGGAGAGGAGAGGAGAAAGAAGGGAGGAGGGAGCAGGGCGCAGAAGGGAGCAGGGCGCGGGGAGGCAGCAGGCCUGGCCGGGUCGCUGCUCCCUCCCCGGGCGGCUCCUCGGCAGCGGGUGUUCGCCGCGCCUCCAGCCCGCAACCCACCCUCGCCCUGCCCGGCCCGCGCCUCUGCCCUGUCCUAGGCUCCCGGCCCGGCUCUUCAACCGGAGAGAUGAGUGCGGCCACGGCGCCCGAGCGCGGCUGGAAGAGCGAGAAAGUGGACGAGGCGCAGGCCCUGGCGCGGAGCUGCGCCGCCCGCAGACCCGACUUCCAGCCGUGCGACGGGCUGUCCAUCUGUGCCACGCACAGCCACGGCAAGUGCUUCAAGCUGCACUGGUGCUGUCACCUGGGAUGGUGUCACUGCAAAUAUGUGUAUCAGCCUAUGACCCCCGUGGAGCAGCUCCCAAGCACAGAGAUCCCUGCAAAGCCCCGAGAGCCGACUAACACCAUUCAAAUCUCCGUCUCGCUCACUGAACACUUUUUGAAAUUUGCGUCUGUCUUCCAGCCUCCGCUUCCCCCUGACUCGCCAAGGUACUGUAUGAUUUCCGAUCUCUUCAUCGACAACUAUCAGGUUAAAUGUAUUAAUGGGAAGAUGUGCUAUGUGCAGAAGCAGCAGGCGCCCCACUCCCAGAAGAUGAGCCCUGAGGAGGUCUCUGCACACGAUGCCUUAAUUUCUAAAGAGAGUGACACUCCGAAACUGGGUCACUGCUCCUCCCCUUCCGGUUCCGAGGACUCGGGGAUCAACGCCAUUGGGGCUCACUAUGUGGAAUCCUGUGAUGAGGACACAGAAGAAGGGGCGGAGCUGAGUUCCGAAGAAGAUUACAGCCCUGAGAGCAGCUGGGAACCCGAUGAGUGCACCCUGCUCUCCCCAUCGCAGUCGGAUCUGGAAGUGAUUGAAACGAUGGAGACCACUGUGUAGGCAGCUGGGAACUGCGGCCGGAGGUCCACCCUGAGCCUCUUCUGUUCUUUGAUUGGACGAGUCCUUUUCCAAUACUCUUGGCCUUUUCCAAGGCAUAUUACUAACAGUCGCAGUCCAGUGGUCUGCUUAGUGUCCCCUUAUAUUACCUUGUAACGACAUUGUUUCCUUUUGUAUCUUGCUUUCUAUGUAGCAUCUGGUGUCAUGAGUUGUGACCCAGCCUUAAUUUCACUGAGAACUUUGAGAGCAGUGGUGACCACAGCGUAUCCAAUGGAAGAGCUACCCAGAGUGGAAGUAACCAUAUUUUACCAGUAGCCUGUCCUACGUGAUGAAGGCUCAGCUUCCCUUUGGCGUGUCAUGUGACACCUCUGUCCUGUUGGUUUCCGGGUGGGGGAGCAGCUCACUUCUGGAAACAGUGUUGCAGCCACUGUUCCCUCCCUUGCUCUUCUGUUUGCCACCCACAUUGGCUCAGGACAAGAGUGGCUUCGGCUACUUCUAGGAGGUCCUUGGAGGCCCUUUUGACUCCUGGUGAUGGCCAUGUCACAGCAUCUGUGACUGAAAGGGUCUCUGGGGUUUGUGUCCAGUCCAGCUGGGAUUCAGGAGGACUCAGUCCUGGUUCUCACCUCGAAGGGGCCACAUUUUAGUACAGGACACAAGUCAAGCAGCUCGCUGAGCCAGGAGGAUAAUGGGAUCAGGGGAAGGAGAGUGGAGUUGGCCUGGGCUGGCUGAGAAUGUGGCUGCCGUGUCUGAGCUGACCCCAGGUGGAUUCUACAGCGCCCACUGCCCUUGAUUGUUUUGCAGUUCAGGGAGAAGCAUUUAGGUUUCGUAGGUAUUAGAGUUAGGAGGUAACACAUCUGACAUCUUAAGGAAAAAAUACACACUAGUUUUAGUUAGCAUGAAAAUGCUAAGAGACAGAAGUCCUUUAGGGAUUAGGAAUGAAUCUAAUAGGUUUGAUCAAUCCUGCUUCGUUUGGUUGUAUGAAGCAUUAGAAUGGCUUAGAUGAGAAAUGGACUAGAAUUUUGUAUGAUGCAUGGAUUUUAUGCAAAUGCAAAAACAGUUGAAAUAGCUCACUGCUGAGUCAGGAAGAUGUUUUAUGUAACACUUCUUCACUUUACUCCACUGGAAUCCACACACAUUGUGUGGAUUCUCUCUCACACACAAAAUAGUGAGUAAUUCUUAUGUAGCUUUCUUCAAAACUCUGUUCCUAAUUUGCUAUUAACUGUGUAUUCUCAUGUGAUCUUAUUAUCUGCCAUUUCCCCAAAUAUAUCUGUGAGGCAUAGUACAAAUCUGGGACUUUUAAAAAUAUACUGUCAUAAAACAAGAGUCCCAGGGCUGCAGGGAGACCUGCCUCAGAUCCUGGCUGUCUGAGCAGGCACUGUGGCCUUGCUGUGUGAUCAGCAUCUCUCUACAUCCCUCUGUCUCAUUAGUGUGUACUGCAGGCAAGGAGAGCAUGCUCCCUAGGCCUCCUCAUUUGGGGGCUCUUCACUAUGUACGCAAGGAAGAAUCUGCUUCCCUAGUUGGAUAUGGAGUCCCAGUGCUUACUACUAGAACCUUCUUUAGGCUGCCUAUCCCCAAACACCCAGUGUUCAGAAGGCAGAAUAUAUGCCUUCCUCUGGAAAGCAUUAGUUAAAACGCCCUGUGUGAGAUGAGAAUGUAGCAACUCCUCCCUCUCCCCACAUACUUAAGGACUCACACCAAGGACCAGCAGACACAGGGAGUGAGGAUUCACCAAAGACCAGCAGGUACAGGGAGGGCAGGUGGGAGCCACCAUAUCUUGGCUGUGGGGUCAUUCUGCUGGCCUGGGAUGGUCUGGUGACACCUGGUGGGCCCAACUGAAGGUCGUAGUGCCUCACUGUCAUGGAAAGGAAACACAUGAGCCACAUAUCCCUCAUCCUGCACUCGUGGCUGUGAUGGGCAGCAGCGGCACCAUCCUCAGACCCUGAGGUGGAGAGGCAGACACACGGCAGGACUUACUCCUGCACCUUUCCUAUCUACUUUUUUGCUACAGGGCCACUGCCACAAAUACUAAACUAACUGGGAUCUAGAACCCGGGCCCCAAAGCCAUGAAAACACACGGUCAUUGCCAAAGUUCUGAAGGCUAGCUGUGUGUUGGGCUUGGUCCCUUUAUUAGUAUAACAUCUGUGACUUCUGUCCAGGGUCUUGUUUUCUAAACCCCUGAAACUGCCACUCAGACUUGCCACCAUUGUGAUGGGAUUUUUGGAUUUAAUAACAAUUGGUGAUCACAUUAAAUAUUUGCACCAACUUUAUAACUACAUUCACUAAGCUUCACUUGCCGUUUUAUAAAAUUGGACACGUUCCCUUGCAUUCUUGGAUCUCCAAACAGCCUUUUCUAAAGAAGCACAGCCGAGAGGUUUUUGGUUUUCUCCUCCUAACAGACUUCAUACCAGUAACUGUCUGAAAUAUGACUAAGCCAGAAUCAUUUCUCUAUGCUUGCAGUCUGAAAUCAGCUCAAGAGACUAUAAAAAAAUUGUAUAGCUUAACCACAAUUCUAGGCCUAUUCUGUUCUUUGUUCUAUGAAAGAAUUUCUCUAUAAUCCUGAUAUUAUAGUGCUGAUUUGUAUAUGCGUAUUCAUAGGCACUUUAGAAAUACUUAGACACAACAUGCACUGUAGGCGGUAAGCACAGUGGUGUUAAAUAGGCUUUUGACUAACACUUGUACAGUGAGAGAGACAAAAGCUUGCAAUCUGGACCUUAUAGGAUGCUUGCCUGGAGCUAGGCUUGGACCACGUGGAUAGGUUUUUGUGGGAUUCUGGCACUGUUACCACUUUUGAAAGGUUGUUGGGUACCAGGGUAAUCCCACUAAAUGUGGAGUAUACUUUUCUUACCUAACCAAGAUCUUAAGUUUCAAAUGUGUCCAUAGCUUUUGUUUUUUGUUUUUUGUUUUUCUGAGAAAUGACAAAGCAAUUAAAGUCCUUUUUGGGAUAACUAUUUGAUAUCUUUAAAAAAAAUGAACUUUAAAACCUGGGGUUUUUUUUGCCUUUAACAUUUAAGGAAUAAUAUGAGAAUCUGAGGACAACCCUGAAGACAAAGUUGUUUUCCUAGAAGAAAAGACUAAUGCCUCAAGGUGAACAGACUAAAACCUGAGCCACAGAAUCCAAACACAACACAGCACAACACAGUGUAAUAUGGAGCCACAAUGUAACACAACACAACACAGUAUAAUAACAAAUUAACAACACAACACAGUAUAACAAAAUAACAACACAUCACAGUGUAAUAACAAAAUAACAACACAACACUGUAUAAUAACAAAAUAACAACACAACACUGAGCCUCCGAUCAGAAGCACAUGGCUGUUUUCUGACAAGCCUUUAGGACAUGAUCUAUGAUCUGAUUGUUUGUUUUACUUUUUAACCUCACCUGCUUGCCUGAUUGAAGUAACUUGUUCUUCUAGGGUUGAUCAGAACAAAUUAUUCUUAUGCAAAUUUGAUAGCAACCAGACACUUUAGAAAGUCAAAAUAUCCAUAUAUGCCUGUAGUGCAGAUACUGCCAUGUAAGGGGAAAAAAAAAGCACAAAUUUAAGUAAAAUACUCUUUAUGUCAUCUGCUCUUGAUUGUUCCCAAAUCCUAUUUACAAAACUUUAUUGUCAUGGUUUUGGCUUUUUACUUGAGGAAAAUAUUCUAACUGGUCUCUUUCCUUCCUGUUUGUCCAGCGGUGCUGUGAACUAGAACCGUGGGUAGAGGCCGGGUACCCUGGGGUUUGUGGAGAAGGUGUCACUGUGCCCCUUCUUUGUACUACACAGCCCAGAGCACCAUCUUAAACCUCAGUAUAAACACAAGGGCAUUUCUCAAAAUGAAUUUGUUUUUAAAUUUCACCUUGUCGUGACUAUGGUACGGGAACACGGGUGUCCCAGAAGGGCUGGUGCAGUUCAGGGGGAGCUGCUUGCUGCGGAGGUAAGGCACCUGGAAGCCAGCCUAGGGUUUGGAUGGCGCCUCCAGGGCACUGGGUCUGCACGUGGGUUAAGGCUGUCUGUCCUUUGCAGUAGUCACCUGCUGUGCUAGGUUCUUUUGAAUCUGUUUUGAAGUUUAAGCACAAUGUUGACCCUUCUGUAAUUUCCUAAAAUUACAUUGUUUUCCUAAGACAGCUCAACUUUAGGAAAGUACUGCUGUACAAUAAACGUGGUUUCCUUUUGUACUAGAA